CCUCCCCCCGGAGAGCCGGCGAGCAUUAAUAAAUCUCUAAGCCGAGGAGGAAACUCUGGCUGGGGUAGUGCGCACAGCUCUAGCGGGGUGUUGCGUGGAACAGCGGCGCCCGAGCGGGUGGCGGCAGGAGCAGCCCAGCUAGCAAAACACACUAGAAGCAGCAAACCGAGGAGAUCCCUCUCUCGUAAACACACUCCCCUCCUUGGUCACUUUCCCCCUCCGAGGGCCGCGCGCCUGCCUGCUUCUGAAGUCCGAGAAGGCUCGGACUGCUAUGUAACGUCGAGGUUGCGGGAGGAGGAAGGGGUGUGGGAAGAAGAGGAGGCUGGGGCCAAGUUUGCGGCCACUUCGACAGGCGCCCUCUUAGCCCUCGCCUGCGCCUUCCUGUAGUUGGCCUGGGUGCCCUUGUCUUCUCCAGCUCCCCAGCUGCUGCGGUUCCCGGCGACAUGGUGACGAUGGAGGAACUGCGGGAGAUGGACUGCAGCGUGCUCAAAAGGCUGAUGAACCGAGAUGAGAACGGCGGCGGCGCGGGCGGCAGCAGCAGCCACGGAGCCCUGGGGCUGCUGAGCAGCGGCAAGUGCCUGCUGCUGGACUGCAGACCGUUUCUGGCUCACAGCGCGGGCUACAUCCGAGGCUCGGUUAACGUGCGCUGCAACACCAUCGUGAGGCGGAGGGCCAAGGGCUCCGUGAGCUUGGAGCAGAUUCUGCCCGCCGAUGAAGAAGUGCGCGCCCGCCUGCGCUCCGGCCUCUACUCGGCGGUCAUCGUCUACGACGAGCGCAGUCCGCGCGCCGAGAGCCUUCGCGAGGACAGCACCGUGUCGCUGGUCGUGCAGGCGCUGCGCCGUAACGCCGAGCGCACAGAUAUCUGCCUGCUUAAAGGUGGCUAUGAGAGGUUUUCUUCUGAGUACCCAGAAUUCUGCUCUAAAACCAAGACCCUGGCAGCCAUCCCACCACCUGUGCCCCCCAGUGCCACCGAGUCCUUGGACCUGGGCUGCAGCUCCUGUGGGACCCCACUGCACGACCAGGGGGGUCCUGUGGAGAUCCUUCCUUUCCUCUACCUCGGCAGUGCCUACCACGCUGCUCGCAGGGACAUGCUUGACGCCCUGGGGAUCACGGCUCUGCUCAAUGUCUCCUCGGACUGCCCCAACCACUUCGAAGGACACUACCAGUACAAGUGUAUCCCGGUGGAAGACAACCACAAGGCGGACAUCAGCUCCUGGUUCAUGGAAGCCAUCGAGUAUAUUGAUGCCGUGAAGGACUGCCGAGGGCGGGUGCUGGUUCACUGCCAGGCUGGCAUCUCCAGAUCAGCCACCAUCUGCUUGGCCUACCUGAUGAUGAAGAAGCGCGUGCGGCUGGAGGAGGCUUUCGAGUUCGUCAAGCAGCGCCGAAGCAUCAUCUCGCCCAACUUCAGCUUCAUGGGGCAGUUGCUGCAGUUCGAGUCUCAGGUGCUCACCACGACCUGCGCUGCCGAGGCCGCCAGCCCCUCGGGGCCCCUGCGGGAGAGGGGCAAGGCCACUCCCACCCCCACCUCGCAGUUUGUCUUCAGCUUCCCCGUGUCUGUGGGUGUGCACUCGGCCCCCAGUAGCCUGCCGUACUUACACAGCCCCAUCACCACGUCCCCCAGCUGUUAGGGCUUGUCUCUGAAUGCCAAGUCCAGGGGUGGCCCCCAGCCGGGGUUGUGCAAGCCACGUGUGCGCAGAAGUAGGGACUGACCAGUGGGGGACCAGGUGACCACACUCCGUCCCUGUCCAUUUCUCCCUGGCUAACCACAGGGCCAGCUAGAAUGGCAAUAACGACUUUGAAUAACAUCUUAAACGCAAACAAAACACUCCAACCAAGAGCAAUAAUGGCUGCAUCUGCGGCCAGGAAAGACUGACUGGUUUAUGUGUUGGUUUUACUUUGCAGGUAGAAAUUUACCUCAUUCUUUUUUUUUUUUCUUAAAGUGGUAAGGCUUGAAGUUAUGAAACCUACAAAUGUGCUCAACCAAUUUUAUUAAGUGGGGAGGGAAAGAGGAGGAAGCAAGUUUGCCGGAAGUGCCUGGCUGUGUGCUUGUUCUUCUAUUGUGUUCAUAGGAAUUUUGUUCUAGGUAACUUCUAGGCCGCAGUAUUCACUUCUAAUUAGUCGCCAACUGAAUAAUUCUGCUUAGUGAAUAUUUGAGGAUGUCUAAGCAGGAGUCUGGGUGAUGUGGAUUGGGAAUGUAUUUCUGUUGCAGUCACACAGGAGAGUACAGAAACACGGGUGUGCUAGCAGCAAGGAAGUGAGUGGUGUCUGGGUUUCUGCCAAUCGGCAUGGUCGCCCUCCUGCGAUGCUCACCUAGAAGCGGGCAGGGCCAUAAGUGCAAGGGAAAGGUCACUUUCACAGCUGGUUCCUGAGCACAGUGAGCCACACAAGCCUGCCUUUCUCCAGUGACCCCUUUGGUGGCGGCCAGAGCGUUUUCUUACAACUCGCCUUGGAUGUUGUCUGAUAAAUGCCAUAUUUUAAGAGGUGCUCUGGGAAAACUGGAUGCAAUUCAGAUUUCCGUACAGUGACUCUUUUUGGCAAGGCCCCCAUCAAAGCCAGAUCACUAAAGAUGAACUAAAAAUGAAGCAUUUUGUAAGUCAAAAUGUACCCCCCCCCAUAAAUUGACGAUGUCACUUUUAAGAAUUUACUUGAAGUAUACCGUGAAAUUCUUGUUAUUAAAUCCCUCCUUGACAAGUGAAUACUUUCAAAAGCCCUCUUUUGAAUAAAAAGAUAAGUGUCUGCCAUGA